AUGGAGGACAUGGACAUUGGCAUCCUCUGUGACAACGGUUCCCCAGGAUCAGCAGCAUCAAGGACAGCAACGCCUGCGCCCAAUGAGAAUGACUAUCUGAUAGUAAUUCCUUAUGCCCACAUAUUCGACCUCAUGCUGAAAGCUCUGAAGUUGCCCCCUGCAACUUACUAUCACAAGAUAUGCCCAGGCGGAAAGAAUCGUGUGACGGUUACUUUCAUUUCUUCUUUGGAAUUGCUCGAUGGUGCACUUGUUCCAAGUUCUCUGUCAGGUGCAAUCUUAGAUAGCUAUGAAGAUGCUGAAGACAGUGCUACUAUUGAAGCUAUUAGAUACAUGGAAAAUGCAUAUGGCAAAGAAAUGAGGGACUACCACUACACUCAUGUCAAGAAGCUUGAAAAUCAAGUGACGCACCUGGUCAAAUGGUUGGUUGCAUCAAAUAAAACAAUCAAGAAGCUGCACAAAACAUGCUACUACGCUGUCAGGUAUAUGAGCUCAUAUUCUGCCCAAAUAGAAAACACAACCACCGCUCGGCAUUUGAAAGGGCGGGAUAGCACCAAGGGAAUUAUGAAAACAGCGCUAGCAAGCAUUGAAGGACUGACGCAGAGGCUACGCUACAUUGCUAUGAAGUUUGAGCAGCGCCUUGAAGCAACCAGAAAUAGUUUCUGGUGAGCUUUGGUCAAUGUGUCCUGACCAGCAUGCUUCUGUAGUUACUAAAUCAGGCACCUUUUGUUUCAUAUCGAUCAGACCAGGAUCUUUCGCAUUUUGGCGUACUCCGAGCAAGAUGUGUGUACGCUUUAGUCUUCACUUGCUGUCUCUAUGCUGAAAAGUAGUGUAUGAUAUAGUCUAUGAUCUUUAAACUUUGUUGUUAUGUCUGUACUCAGAAGCGGGUUAUCAUCGCUUACUGUAUAUAUGUGAAGGCCUCUUCUUCUGCUAUUCUUUCCAGGCCACUGCGGCUAAAGAACAACCUUUUCUUUCAUGUAUGCUUUCACUUCAAUUCUUUCAUCAAAACUUCCUUCUAAUCAUGUCUUCUGAUCACAGUGUGUACAAAAAAAAAGAGCAAUUACAUUCCUGCCUAUUUUACAAAGCAUUUGCAACUAUAAGUGCAUAUCUGCAAAAUAUCAAAUUCCAUUCAAUUCACACCAAAACAAUACUCACUUCCCUAGCUUAACCGUACACAAUAGCCACUUCUUUUUUAAAUAAUCUAACCACCGUCAAGCACGCUCUCAGCAGGCAUGCUCUCAGUUCUGAAUAUAACACACUUUUCAAGCGACAUCGGACAUCCUAUAAUUUUGGGCAGCACCUCAAAGCAACCAGAAAUAGUUACUGGUAGCCUUUGGUCAAUGUAUCCUGGCCAGCAUGCUUCAGUGGUUACUAAAACAGCCACCUUUUGUUUCAUAUCAAUAAGACCAAGAUCUUUCCCCUUUUGGAAA